AUGACGAGUGUAGCGCCAGGCAUGGAAGUGCGACGGCUACCAAAAGAUACCCGGCCGCAAACAGAGGACGUCACUGUGACUAAAGGCAAUGACUUUGAGGACUUUUUCUUGAAGCGUGAAUUACUGAUGGGAAUUUUUGAAGCAGGAUUCGAGCAUCCUUCGCCUAUUCAAGAGGAAGCCAUCCCCAUCGCUUUGUCCGGUCGUGACAUCCUAGCUCGUGCUAAGAACGGCACGGGUAAGACCGCAGCAUACGUUAUUCCCACUUUGGAACGCGUCAACACAAAAAAGAACAAAAUCCAGGCUGUGCUUCUGGUUCCUACGCGCGAGUUGGCGCUGCAAACGAGCCAGGUCGCCAAAACGCUUGGUAAACACCUUGGUGUCGAAAUUAUGGUCAGCACGGGUGGUACGACUUUGAAAGAUGACAUUCUGCGUCUUGGUCAAACAGUGCACAUUCUGGUUGGUACACCUGGUCGUAUUCUUGAUCUCGCAAGUAAGGGCAUCGCAGAUCUUAGUCAAUGUACAACAUAUGUUAUGGACGAAGCUGAUAAGCUACUGUCACCUGAAUUUACACCUGUGAUGGAACAGCUUCUGGGCCUUAUGCCCAAGGAACGCCAGGUCAUGCUGUUUUCGGCGACGUUUCCUCUGAUUGUUAAGGACUUCAAAGACAAACAUAUGGUCAAACCGUAUGAAAUCAACCUAAUGGACGAGCUGACACUGCGUGGUGUGACGCAGUACUAUGCGUUUGUCGAAGAGCGUCAAAAGGUGCACUGCCUUAACACGCUCUUUUCUAAGCUUCAAAUCAAUCAAUCGAUCAUUUUUUGCAACUCGACCAACCGAGUAGAAUUGUUGGCUAAGAAAAUCACAGAGCUGGGCUACUCUUGCUUUUACUCACACGCCAAGAUGCUCCAAGCGCAUCGCAACCGCGUGUUCCAUGAUUUCCGAAAUGGUGCUUGUCGUAACCUGGUGUGCUCGGAUUUGCUCACCCGUGGUAUUGAUAUUCAGGCUGUAAACGUUGUGAUCAACUUUGACUUCCCCAAGAACGCCGAAACCUAUCUUCACAGAAUUGGCCGUAGUGGUCGAUUCGGUCACAUGGGCUUGGCGAUCAACCUUAUCACGUAUGAAGACCGCUUCAACCUGUACCGUAUUGAGCAAGAGCUUGGCACGGAAGUUCAGCCUAUUCCUGCCACUAUUGACAAGCGCCUGUAUGUGGCCCCCUCUCUUAUCGAAGAGGCGGAAAACCGUGAACGCGAUGCGAAGGCUCAAGGCAAGCCCACGCAAGGCCCGGGUAUUAUGCAACAGGGAUUGCCGUCUAUUCCACCCACGCAGGCAGCCAUGCACGCUGUUCCUAUGAACCAGAAUGCCAAUUUCACCAACACGGUGCCGCACCGCCGUGGUGGACGCAGGAAUCGUCGUGGUGGACACGCCGGCCAUGGAAAUGCUAAUGGCGCUGCGAAUGGUGCUCAGGGCGGUGCUUAG